AUGAGAAGAAGACACAGGAAAAAGGCCAAAACCGUGAACAAAAUUAACAAUGUACAAACGUCGGAAUUAGAGAGGACCAACUUAGUUGAGCUCCCUCAUGACCUAGUGAUGGAGAUUAAUGGGAGAUUGCCUCUCAAGUCUGUGGCUAGAUUUCUCACAGUAUCUAAGUUAUGGGAAACAACUGUACGAAGUCCAGAUUUCAUCACAUCUUACCCGCGUGGGUCUUCGGGUCAACCUCGUACCCUAAUCGCUGCCGACCUCAAUUCAAACCGAUGCCAUUCCAGCAGAUCUAGAGUGAAUGGAGAUUUGCACUUGUGAUCCUCAUCAUCAUCAAGGUCUUGUAUAUCACGUCUGACCAUUCCUGUCACGUAUCAUCACUACAUGAAGUGCUUUUAUCAUCAUGUUAACGGAUUGAUAAGCGUUGGAUAUGGUCAAGACCAAAUCCUUUUUAACCCCGUCACUGGUAAGUCCAUACCUUUACCACGCCCCAAAACAAGGAGAAAGCUCGUAAAAAGUUUCUUCGGGUAUGACUCAGUUAGUGAUCAAUACAAAGUGUUGUGCAUGACGAUAAAAAUGCAUGGCCUUCAUGAAGAACCAUCAUCUGAACAUCAAGUGUUGACGUUGACAUUGGGAGCUAAAAUGAAACCAUGGGAUAUGAUCAAGUGUAGCGUUCCUCACCGUCCUUCGUCUAACGGUGUGUGCAUAAAUGGUGUUGUGUAUUAUGUUGCUAGAACCGGGGCAGGAAUGUCGCAUAUGCGCUUAAUGAGAUUUGCUUUGAGGCCUGGUAACAUGUUGGAUCUUUUUGCUAGCUUACCUGAAGAGACUCAAACUACAGGGAUUCUCUUUUUGAUGAACUACGAGGGGAAAUUAGCCAUACCCUCUCAACCUACAUCAUAUACAUACGAUGUGUGGGUUCUGAAUCAGCUGGAAGGAGCAAACCAUGAAUGGUUGAAGAAAAUAACUUUCAGUAUUGAACCUUGGAAGACUAAAUGGAAUGGUUCAUGUGGCUUUGUAUACGUGAGAGGCAUUACUCAUAAGGGUGAGUUUAUUUUGGCACCAGAGUACUAUACUAAUGAGUUUUAUGUCUUCCAUUACAAUCCUGACAAGAACAGUUUUCGAAAGAUUGUGAUUCCAGUAUCCGCAGGCUAUAAGGUUAAGCCUCAUCAUAAAAUAGCAUACGUUUUUUCGGAUUACGUAGAGACUGUUAGGUUAAAUCCCGACAUGAACAGUUUCACGAGGACUAAGGUUGAACCGUCCGCAUACUAUAAUAUAAGGCAAUUAAUGAUGUUUUCGGAUUACGUUGAGAGUGUUAGGUUUUUGUAG